CUCUAUAAAAGCACAGACCUGACAGCUAGCAUCCUGAGUGGAAACCUCCUCUGCAUUUGCUUGCAACCCACCGCAGAAAAUAAAAUCGGCCUGAACCCCAGCUUUUCAGAAUUGCAGGGAAACAGCCAUCAUGAGUAAUAAUGCUGAUGAGGAUCAGAUCAAGGAUAAGCUGCAACAGUUGAGAUGUCACUUUACAUGGGAGUUGGUCAUUAACGACACUGAAAUACCUGAUUUAGAAAACAGGGUCUUGGAGCAGAUUGAGUUCCUAGACACCAAAUACAACGUGGGAAUACACAACUUACUGGCCUAUGUGAAACACCUGAGAGGCCAGAAUGAGGAAGCCCUGAAGAGUUUGAAAGAAGCUGAAGACUUAACCCAGCAAGAACAUGCCAACCAAUUAGACGUGAGAAGUCUGGUUACCUGGGGCAACUAUGCCUGGCUGCAUUACCACAUGGGCCGACAUGCAGAAGCCCAGAUUUACCUGGAUGAGGUGAAGAACGCUUGCAGGAAGCUUGCAAAUUCCUCCAGCUAUAGAAUGGAGUGUCCUCAUAUGGACUGUGAGGAAGGAUGGGCCUUGCUGAAAUGUGGAGGAAAGAAUUAUGAGCGGGCCAAGGUCUGCUUUGAAAAGGCUCUGGAAGUGGACCCUGAAAACCCUGAAUUCAGCACUGGGUAUGCAAUCACCGUCUAUCGCCUGGAGGGCUUUCACAAAGCAGCACAGGAGACUGGGGCAUUUUGUCUGAAUACCCUAAAACAGGCUGUCAGGCUAAAUCCAAACGAUGCAUAUAUUAAGGCUCUCCUUGCCCUGAAGCUUCAAGAUGUAGGACAAGAAUCUGAAGGAGAAAAAUACAUUAAAGAAGCACUGACCAAUGCGUCCUCGAAGAUCUAUAUCCUUCGAUAUGCUGCCAAGUUCUACCGAAGAAAAGGCUCUCUGGAUGAAGCUCUUCAGUUCUUAAAACUGGCCUUGAAAGCAACACCCUCCUCUGUCUUCCUGCAUCACCAGAUGGGGCUUUGCUACAAGUCACAAGUGACCCAAAUAAAGAGAGCUACAAACUGGCAGCCUAAAGGACAGGAUAAAGAAAACAUCAACAGAAUAAUACAAUCAGCCAUACGUCAUUUUGAAUUUGCUGUGCAAAAAAAGCCCACAUUUGAGGUGGCUUACAUAGACCUGGCAGAAAUGUACACAGAAGCAGGUGACCACAAAAAAGCUGAAGAUGUUUAUCAAAAGGUGUUAUGCAGGGAAUCACUCGACACAUCUAUGCUGCAACAGGUACAUUUCUAUUACGGCCGAUUUCUGGAAUUUCAAAAAAAAUCUGAAGUUGAUGCAAUCAGCCAUUAUUUAAAAGCAGUAAAAAUAGAAAACGCAUCAUUAGGAAGGGAUAAAAGUAUCAAUUCUUUGAAGAAAUUGGCUUUAAGGAAACUUCAGAGAGAUGCAUCAGAUAUAGAAAGCUUGUGCAUCCUUGGGUUCAUCCACAAAGUAAAAGGAGAAAUGAAUGAAGCCCUGGAGUAUUACGAGCAGGCCCUGAGGCUGGUUCCUGUCUUGGAGAACUCUGUGCUUGUGACCUGUAGGGAUUGAAAUAUGGACCACUCUUACAUAUCAUUUGAUUUUACGUCAACAUAUACUAAUCAUCUUUUCUGCUUGCUGCUUUCAGAAACAUAUUAUGUAAUUCACUACAAUGAUGUAAUCUUUGAACAAUUACUCAAACCUGAUAGAACAUUGGUUGCAUUGAGAAAAUAGUGAAACAGACUAUACAGGUCUCCGUGUGUGUGAGAGAGAGAGGAAGAGAGAGAAGAACCACUUCUCUGUGAAUGUUAUACAGUAGAAAAAAAAAAAGUUUGUUGAGUAGAUUUGUAGCAAAUAAAACACUGGACUUGACAUGGAACCAACCUAAAUGUCCAUCGACAGAUGAAUGGAUA